AUGACUGUCGAGCUCACUCAGCCUCUCCCAGGUGUCCGGGUCGCCAUUGACAGAGGUGGUAUACCGCUUGACCUACUAGGCAACGCCGAUAUACUUCUCAAAGGCAAAGACGAGGGCGUAGAGAUCACCUUCAAGCUUCUUUCCGUCGACCCUGCCAACUAUGACGACUCGUGUAGCGAAGGUAUAAGGCGACUUUUGCAGAUUAUCCACAGGAAGGCCCUUCCCAAAGAUGCUCAGCUAGACACCUCAGUGAUUGAAUCCGUUCGUAUGGGAACCACAGUCGCUACCAACGCCCUCCUCGAACGCAAAGGUGCCCGUUUCGCCGUCGUAGUCACCAAAGGCUUCCGAGACUUGCUCAGAAUCGGCGACCAGACCCGACCCGACCUCUUCGACUUGUCUAUUUCUGGCAAAGCCGAUGUGCUCUAUCGUCCGGAGGAUAUAAUUGAAGCAGAGGAGAGAGUAACGAUGGAAGGAUAUUCGCUUGAUCCUAACCCGGUGUCGCAUGAAGAGUUGGUGAAGAGGGCUGGAGAGUCUGAUGAUCCCGGAAGAGUGGUUUUGGGUGUUAGUGGGGAGGCUGUCAGGGUGUUACAAGAACUUGAUGAAAAGCAGAUAGAGCGAGACUUGAAAGAGAUACACGCCAGAGGUAUUGACUCUCUCGCUGUCGUGCUUUUGCACUCUUACACCUUUCCCGACCACGAGCGUAAGAUCGCCUCCAUCGCUUCCCAAAUCGGCUUCAAACACAUCUCCCUCUCAUCCCAUCUCUCUCCCACCAUCAAAUCCGUCCCCCGAGGCAACUCGGCCACCCUCGACGCCUACCUCUCUCCCGUCCUUCGCGCCUACGUAGAUGGUUUCAACUCGCACUUCGCUGGUGGCAAAGCCGGAGAGAGGACAGACUUCAUGAAGAGUGAUGGCGGUUUGGUGGCCGCUGAAAAGUUCUCAGGUCUCAGCGCGCUCUUGUCAGGCCCUGCUGGUGGCUUCGUAGGCUGUGCUCUUACCGCAUACAGCCCCACCCGAGCCAAACCUGUCAUCGGCUUCGAUAUGGGCGGUACAUCCACCGACGUCUGUCGCUUCUCUGGUGAUUUCGACUUGGCGUAUGAGACGGUCAUUGCGAAUAUCAAAAUUGCUUCGCCUCACUUGUCUAUUGAGACUGUUGCUGCAGGUGGAGGGUCGAGGCUGCAUUUCAAGAAUGGGAUGUUCCUUGCUGGACCUGAUAGCGUCGGCGCUCAUCCUGGCCCAGCCUGUUACCGCAAAGGCGGCGACCUAGCCAUAACCGACGCCAACCUCAUCCUCGGCCGUCUCGUCGUCUCCCAAUUCCCAUCCAUCUUUGGCCCAUCCGGAGACCAACCCCUCUCCCUCUCUGCUUCUCUCUCCAAGUUCGAGACUUUGGCGGAUGAGAUUAAUAAGGGCAAAGAGGGGAAGGGAUAUACGGUGCAAGAAGUGGCAGUGGGGUUCUUGAAGGUGGCGAAUGAGGAGAUGGGAAGACCGAUGAGAAAGUUGACGGAAGAGAAGGGGUUCGCUAUCUCGACCCAUGACCUUUGUUGCUUUGGCGGCGCUGGAGGGCAACAUGCUUGUGCUAUCGCGUCCAGUCUGGGCAUCGAGACAGUCAUCAUCCCUCGCUUUUCUUCGCUUCUUUCGGCAUAUGGGAUUGCUUGCGCCGACUUGACCAGCGAGGCUUCUACCCCCAUCAGCGGCGAAGUCACGGACGACUUUGAGUCCUCCGAGUCUUAUAAGGGAAUCGCUGCCCGGAUCGAGGAGCUCAAAAGCGAUACCGCAAAGCAACUCGUCGACCAAGGUGUCAAGAGCCAAGAUGUCUCUUUCAGCGUCAUCAUUCGCCUACACUAUGAUGGUGCCGAUACCAUCUUCGACCUCCCACCUUCCAAUACCCUCAAAGCCGACUUCCUUGCGGCGCAUCUGAGAGAGACGUCGUUCAACCUCCAGCGAAAGGUCAAGUUGGCCGGGCUGAGGGUGAACGCGACGGGACAGUCGUUCAAGGCUACACCCGAGGACUUUGCUGGAGAGCUUGCAAAGGCCGAAGGUUCUCCUGUGAUCUUCAGUGCUACUCCAAACAGUACUCAAGAGGCGUACUUUGACUCUGCUGGGAAUGUCAAAAAGUACGACACACCCGUCUUCCUUCUGCACGACAUCACCUCAGGCUCCACCGUUCAAGGCCCAGCCAUUAUCGUCGACUCCACCCAAACUAUCGUCGUCGAACCUUCCGCCCGCGCCAUUAUCCUCUCCGACCACGUCAUCCUCAAAAUCUCCAAACACACCCCCACCCCCACCGACGACGACGGAAACUUUGUCGUCGACCCCAUCAUGCUCGGUGUUUUCGCUUCCCGCUUCAUGUCCAUCGCCGAGCAGAUGGGGCAUACCCUCCAGCGCACGUCGAUUUCAGUGUCGAUCAAGGAGAGGUUGGACUUUUCGUGUUCGAUCCAUGGAUUGGAUGGGGCGAUGGUGGCGAAUGCGCCACAUAUACCGAUUCAUCUGGGGUCGAUGCAGUAUGCGGUGGCUUCGCAGCAUGAGCACUGGAAAGGAAAACUGCAGCCGGGUGAUGUCUUGUUGACUAAUCAUCCGCAGUGGGGCGGUACUCAUCUUCCCGACUUGACGGUUGUGUCUCCUAUCUUUGGACCUGAUGAUCCUACCAAAGUCUUGUUCUAUGUUGCGAGCAGAGGGCAUCAUACUGACAUCGGUGGCAAUGCUGUGACGGCUAUGAACCCCAUCGCCAAAGAACUCUGGGAAGAAGGUCUUCACGUCGGUACUUUCAAGCUCGUCUCCCAAGGCAAAUUCGACGAGGAAGGCGUCAUCGAGCUUUUCAACGAGGUCGAAAAGUUCCCCGGCAACAGCGCUACCCGACGCAUCGACCACAAUCUCACUGAUCUCCAAGCUUCCGUUUCUGCAAACCAAAGAGGUGCGAAUCUGGUGCAGCAGCUAUUCGAUGAUUACGGGACAAAGUAUGUGCUCUUCUAUAUGAAGCAGAUCCAACUUGUGGCGAGGGAGACGGUGCACGAGUUCUUCAGGCAGACGUAUGACAAGUUUGGCGGGAGGCCUUUGCGAGCUAUUGACUAUAUGGACAAUGGAACCGAGAUUCGAUUGGAAGUCAGGAUCGACAGGGAGAAGGGCGAGGCAACUUUCGACUGGACUGGUACCGGUCCCCAGUCGCACAGCAACACCAACAUGCCGCCAUCCCUCACUCACGGUGCUAUCAUCUACGCCAUCCGGUCAAUGAUUAGUCCUACGAUCCCCAUGCCCCUCAACCAAGGUGUCAUGGACCCUGUCAAGAUCAUCUCCCCUCUCGGUACAAUCAUCAACCCCUCAGGCGUAGUUGCUGUAUCCGGAGGAACCAUCAGUACCCAUCGAUUGAUUGACAACAUCCUCCGGGCGUUUGAGGCUGCUGCUUGCUCCCAAGGAUGCGCGAGCUCUGUCGGUAUCGGUAUCGGAGGAAAGGACGAGGAUGGGAAUGUGAUACCAGGGUUCACAUAUGGAGAAUCGCUGGGAGGCGGAACAGGAGCAGGGCCGGGCUGGAGUGGUCAACAUGCUACCCACGUCCACUGUACGAAUACGCGCUUGGCCGACGCAGAGAUUGUAGAGCACAGAGCGCCUGUGAUCUUGCGUCAGAUCAAGAUCAGGACCGACAGUGGCGGCCGAGGCAAAUUCAAGGGCGGCGAGGGCAUGGACCGUAUCUUCGAAGCCCGUAUUCCCAUGUCAUGCUCCAUCGUGUCUCAACGUCGUGUCUUCCCGCCCCUCGGACUCGCUGGCGGAGGUAACGCUGGCCGAGGAGAGAACUUGUGGCUGAGGAAGAACGAAGAUGGCACUUUUGAGACGAUCAGCAUGGGUAGUAACGGGAUGGUGAAGCUGAGGAAAGGGGAUAGGGUGAACAUUAAGACUCCGGGAGGCGCUGGGUGGGGUAUGCCCGACGAGUAG